GGGAGGGGGCGGGAUUUUGAAGCCGGCCUCUCGAGUCUCGAGGCGGCUCUUGUGGGCGGGCUCGCACGCGCUCGCGAGAUUUAGGGGCGGAGCGGAGGAGCAGGGUUGGAGGAGACACUCGGAGGGGGCCCCACUGGAGGAAAGUAGGGGUCGCUCGGGGUGAGGAGGAGGAGGUGGAAGCAGCGGCGGCGGCUAGGAGGCGGAAGUGAGUCCAGCUGCCCCGGCAGAGGAGGCUGUGCUUGCGCGGAGACAGCUCCGGCCCCGGCUCCGGCGUUGUGAGGGAGCCCGCGCCCUCCCCUGGUUCCCCCAGCGGCGGCGGCCAUGGCGAAAAGCAGGGUCGGGCAGCCGGCUGAGGAGGCGGCUGCGGGGCCGCUGGACCCCUCGAGCCAGGCCCUCGGAGACUCCCUGAAAGUUAAAGCUAAUGCAGAAGCUGGAUCAGCAAGGAUGUCUCUUCUUAUACUGGUGUCCAUUUUCCUGUCUGCUGCUUCUGUUAUGUUUUUGGUAUAUAAGAAUUUUCCUCAACUUAGUGAGGAAGAAAGAGCAAAUAUGAAGGUUCCCAGAGAUAUGGAUGAUGCCAAGGCACUAGGAAAAGUUUUAUCCAAAUACAAGGACACCUUUUAUGUACAAGUACUUGUAGCUUAUUUUGCUACGUAUAUUUUCUUGCAAACUUUUGCUAUUCCAGGGUCUAUAUUUCUCAGUAUUCUCUCAGGAUUUCUUUAUCCUUUUCCACUAGCUUUAUUCCUUGUUUGUUUGUGCUCUGGACUUGGCGCUUCCUUCUGUUACAUGCUUUCGUAUUUGGUUGGAAGACCAGUGGUGUACAAGUAUUUAACAGAAAAGGCAGUGAAAUGGUCACAGCAGGUUGAACGACAUCGAGACCAUCUUAUUAACUACAUAAUAUUUUUGAGAAUAACUCCUUUUCUGCCUAACUGGUUUAUUAAUAUAACAUCUCCUGUUAUAAAUGUACCAUUAAAAGUAUUUUUUAUUGGUACUUUUCUAGGUGUUGCACCCCCAUCUUUCGUAGCUAUCAAAGCAGGAACAACACUCUACCAGCUUACAACAGCAGGAGAAGCUGUUUCCUGGAACUCAGUAUUUGUCCUGAUGAUUUUAGCAGUACUCUCUAUUCUGCCAGCUGUCUUCCAGAAAAAACUGAAACAAAAAUUCCAGUAACAAAGCUCUUUGGUUUUAAUUUCCCGUGUUUUCAUCUCAGGAUCUGCAAUUCCAUAUUUUUCUGUUUUGAAAUCAUCAUCUUUUCACCAAUGGAAAAAAGAACAUUUUCCUAUCAAACAGUUGAGGGAAGGCAUUCUAAGUGGUGAGGAAGAAGAGGGAGUAAAAUGGGAAUUGGAAAAGGACAUCGAUUUUCUUGCUCAUGGUGGGUAGGGAAACAUGAACUUCUUUCACCUCACCAAUAACUGCAGACAAGUAUUAAUGGCAGGUUGCAGAGAACUCUUCAUCUAGAUCCAUCGAGCUAAUCUAGUGGUUGUGAUCUCAGGACCUGAGCACACUUCUCCCUGACUUGGUAAUUGGGGCUGUUGAUUUUCCCUUCUCCCUUCUCUCUUUCCCCAGUGAUAACCUAAUGGAUAUGCAAAGGUACUUGCUGGACCACAAAAGUGUUAGGAUUCCUGCCUUUUUUACAGAGUAGCAACUGGGAAAAUGAGACUUAACAUGCUAUGGUUCUUAUUUUUUCCCUCUUAGGUUUGUGCUAAUGGAUUUGUUUAAAUACAGACCUUGGAAGAUUGAUGAAUUCAUUUAGGAUAUCAAGUUUUUCUACUUUUGUGGGGUUUGAUUUUUGUUUUUUUGUUUUGAAUUUUUAUCAUGAAUUCGUCUGAAUCUUAAAAUUCUGACCUCAACUUGUUUUGUUCUCUUUAAACUAGUUUUGCCAAUAUUUCAGUUGUGCCUGUAUACUAGGGUGAUCAAAAUUAAUGGCAAUAAUUUCUAUUCAAAUAAUAUUUUAGAAUACUAUUCCUCUUUGAAAACUCAAAAGAGGGUUUCCAAAGCAUCACUCCAAAUACAGUCAGAAGGGGGUAGAAAAUUUGCACUGCUUUGAUUUUUAGGGACAAAAACUUAAUGCCAGUACUCAUCUUCACUGGUAAAUGUAAUAAAUUGUUCAGAGAAAUGGUUACAGAAUUUUCAUCCUUAAUUUAUUAACCUGGAACUUAAAGUAUGUUAUGUAAUUAUAGUUUUUAGUGCAUGUUAUACUUAUUAAGCAAUGUUUUUUUGUACCUGCUUGGUAACUUUUUAAUUGUACCUAUUUUAGAUCAAUGCAGUUUUCAAAUUAAGUGAUUUAUUUUGUUUAAGUCACCAAAUAAAAAAAGAACACUGUCUCUCAAAUGGUAACAAAUCUAAUUAGGUAGCACUGGAAAAACUAGUCACUGCUUGCUGCUUAUUUGCGAUGCCCCUGAUCCUGGGCUUUGCCAUUCCUUAAGGUUUUGUCAGUUUUGUUUUACUAGAAGUUUGUCAUUACAUUAGAAUCUACUAUAGAAACAAAAGAACCUUGUAUUAUUAUUGUUUUAAUUUAGAAAGAUAUGGUCAUCUUUAAAACCUGGUUUCUAUAAUGUAAUGCAGAUCAAUCCAUUUCUUUUUCUGUCACAGUAUUAACAAAUGAAUUUAUUGUAAAUACACAGAAAAUAUAUUAAUAUGCACUUGUCUCAUUCUUUAUGUGAUCUGAUUUAAUUUUGUUCAUAGAAAAGGUUUUCUGUUGCCCUUAGACCGCACAAUAAAGAUUUGAGUAUUUUUACAUAAAAUGAUUUAAAAUGUACUUUAUGGACAAAGUAGUACUAAUUAAAAAAAUAUGACAGAGUAAAUUUUUACUUCAAAAUAUGAGCUUGAAUUAUAAUUUAUGAACUUGGACUCAGCAGAGCAGUGAAGCUUCACACUACUGAGUUUUGUUGUCUGAAGCCCUCCUAACUCUUGCCUUUUCGGAGUUAUUUCCUUAUUAACUGUUUAGUUGCUUCCUUUUACUGUUGAGAUUUGUAUAUUAGAUGAAAAUGACUGCUAUUUUCAGUUCAGUGUUUUUCUUUUUCCAAGAAUGUCAUUGACUUCAAGCUAGUGGUUGUAGAUUCCUUUUCCUUGGCUGCUAGGAAAGAAUCCUUGAGCAUGUUUUACUAGAGGAAAAUACAGCCAGUAGCAUACAAAGGUCCCUUCAAAAAUGUGUUAUUCCUAGAAGACUUAUUCUAAAGCCCCAAAUUAAUAAGGUCCACUUGGCACAAAUUUAAAUCCUUCGGAUGGAGAGAUGCCAAGUCUAAGUCCUUUGGAGAGAGCUGCCAUGAAACAAAUGGGAAGAUAAACAACAUUUGUUUAUCCAAAAUGUGAGAUUUUGUUCACUUGGCAAAGUAGAUUGUCUUUGGAACUGUAUUAUGUUUUGUGUACAAUAUUUUGAAGAUACUCUAUGUAAGCUAAACUGUGAUGGGAAUAAAACACUUGAGAAACAUCA